AUGGAGCCGGGGGAGCACGGUGCUGCAGGUCGGUUCAGCAGUGACGCGCUACAAGCCCAGGGACGCUGUGGCCAUGGAGCCGGCCGGGGCGUGAGUGAGUGUUGUGACUUGUCCACCUGUCAAGUCAAGCACACCACUCUCAACUCUCCCUGUCUGCCUUCGCCUCCCUCCCCCACCUCUCCCCCCUCUCCUCCCCUCCUCCCCCACCCCAACCACCAGCACAUGCGCAUAGCAGACUACAUAGUCAACUCCCCAAUGGUGAUCGGUCACGAGAGUGCAGGCACGGUGCUGCAGGUGGGGUCCGCAGUGACGCGCUGCAAGCCCGGGGAUGCAGUGGCCAUGGAGCCGGGGCGCGGCUGCCUUGCUACAGCCGCCGCCUGUGCGCACUGCGCGGGGGGUGCUGGUCGCUACAACCUGUGCCGCGACAUGCAGUUCUUUGCCACGCCGCCCGUGCACGGGUCCCUGGCCAAUGAGGUCAUCCACCCGGACUUCCUCUGCUUCCCCCUGCCCCCCUCCGUGUCCCUGGAGGAGGGCGCCAUGUGCGAGCCUCUCAGCGUAGCCAUACACGCCUGCCGCCGCGCCCUUGCUGCCGGCCCCGCCAUCCUCCCUCUCACCCACCCCUCCCACACCUCCGCCCCACCUUCCUCCGCCCCAACCACUACCCCCUCCUCCGCCUCUCCCUCCUCGCCAUACUCCUCGGAGCCUUCACUCGCCGGGUUGCAUGUGGCGGUGGUGGGGGCAGGUCCCAUAGGCCUGCUCGUGGCAAUGACUGCCCGCGCUCUGGGUGCUGCUGCUGUGACCAUUGCCGAUGUCAGCAGGGACCGGGUGGCGUUUGCACAGGAGGUUCUGGUGUUUGGUGGAGAGGGGGAGGGAGGCGGGGAGGGGGAGAAGGCGGAGAAGGGGUGUGGGGUACGAGUGCUGCAGAUGGAAGCGGGUGCAACGGCCGAAUCCAAUGCCGCACGCCUCCUAGAAGCUUGCUCAGGCACCAUCCACGUCACCAUGGACUGUGUAGGCAUCACCGCCACCAUGUGCACAGCUCUCCAUGCCACGUCAGCAGGAGGGCGCGUCGUGCUCAUAGGCAUGGGAGAAACCGAGCCUGAGAUGUCCCUGCCUAUAGCUUCGGCCGUUGCUCUCCGGGAGGUUGACAUUGUGGGUGUUUUCCGGUACUGUCACACGUAUGAUACGUGCGUCGCGCUGUUGCGGGACCGGCGCGUUAACGUGAAGCCGCUUAUAACGCACCGGUUUGGGUUCUCGCAAGGGGAGGUGGAGGAGGCGUUUAGGGUGAGUGCUGGAGGAGGGAAGGCGAUUAAGGUUAUGUUCAAUCUGUAG